CCCUCACAUGAGUGGCAUGCUUCAUGGAGUUAUGUACCUUGCCUUGCCCCCUGAACUUCUAUCAUGGAUUGCAAAACCUUAAUUCUUUUUCUUUUUCUCUUCACGUUUAUUUCCAGCGCAGAAUUCACCAUUCAUCCGUCCAAUGAAGUUAACCUGUUGGACUCCAAAGCAAGCCAAGGGGAGCUGGGCUGGAUAUCCUCCCCAUCCCAUGGGUGGGAGGAAAUUAGCGGGGUGGAUGAGCACUACACACCCAUCCGGACCUUCCAGGUGUGCAAUGUGAUGGAGUACAGCCAGAACAACUGGUUGAGGACCAAUUGGAUUCCUCGGAAUUCUGCCCAGAAGAUCUAUGUGGAGCUGAAGUUUACCCUGAGGGACUGCAACAGUAUUCCCAUGGUCCUGACCUGCAAAGAGACAUUCAACUUGCACUACCUGGAGACAGAUGAGGACCAGGGAAGUAAGUUUCGAGAGCACCAGUUCUCAAAAAUAGACACAAUCGCCGCAGACGAGAGCUUUACUCAGAUGGACCUGGGUGACCGCAUACUAAAACUGAACACAGAGGUCCGUGAAGUGCGGCCCAUGACUAAGAAAGGCUUCUACCUGGCCUUCCAGGAUGUGGGAGCCUGUGUAGCCUUGGUUUCCGUUCGGGUGUACUUUAAAAAAUGCCCCUUCACAGUGAGGAACCUGGCUAUGUUUCCCGACACUGUACCUACAGACUCUCAGUCUUUGGUGGAAGUUAGGGGCUCCUGCGUCAACAAUUCCAGGGAGGAGGAUCCUCCAAAAAUGUACUGCAGUACUGAGGGAGAGUGGCUGGUUCCCAUUGGGAAAUGCCUGUGCAACAUAGGUUAUGAGGAGCGAGGAGUCGCCUGCCAAGCCUGCCGGCCUGGCUCCUAUAAGGCUUCUUCUGGGAAUGUCAAGUGCUCCAAGUGUCCCCCUCACAGCUACACACACCAGGAGGGAUCAGUGCACUGCGGAUGCGAGAAGAACUACUUCCGUGCAGAAGAGGACCCCGCCUCAAUGGCCUGCACCCGACCGCCAUCUGCCCCACGCAAUGUGAUCUCUGUCAUUAAUGAGACGUCAGUGAUUCUGGACUGGAACUGGCCUGCUGACACCGGAGGCAGGAAGGAUGUGACAUUUAACGUGGUGUGUAAGCGAUGUUGGCCGGGUCCGAGGCAGUGUGAACCCUGCCGAGGGGCUGUGCGCUUCCUGCCCCGUGCGUCCGGCCUCACUAACACCUCAGUAACCAUGGCAGACCUCCUGGCGCACACCAACUACACCUUUGAGAUCGAGGCGCAAAACGGAGUGUCCUCCCAGGCACCCGCACACCGCCAGUAUGCUGCAGUUAUCAUUACUACCAACCAAGCAGCCCCCUCUUCAGUAACUGUAAUCAGGAAGGACAGAACAUCACGAAACAGCAUCUCUCUGUCUUGGUUGGAGCCAGAAAGACCCAAUGGCAUCAUUUUGGACUACGAGGUCAAGUACUAUGAGAAGCAGGAACAAGAGACCAGCUACACCAUCCUGAGGUCGAAGGGUACAAACGUGACACUGAAUGGACUGAAACCCGACACCACGUACCUGCUGCAGAUCAGAGCGCGCACUGCUGCAGGUUACGGCAUUAGCAGUCGCAAAUUCGAGUUUGAGACAAGCCCAGACUCCUUUUCCAUCUCCAGUGAGAACAGUCAAGUUGUGCUUAUCGCUAUCUCGUCCGCUGUGGCCAUCAUCCUCCUCACUGUAGUGAUCUACAUUGUGAUUAGCAGGUUUUGUAGAUACAGCAAGUCCAAGCAUUCAGAUGAAAAGAGAAUGCCCUUUGGCAAUGGGCAGUUGAGGCUUCCUGGCAUCAAGACCUAUGUGGACCCUCACACAUAUGAAGACCCGAGUCAAGCCGUGCACGAAUUCGCCAAGGAACUGGAGGCGUCUUGCAUUGCUAUCGACAAAGUAGUUGGAGCAGGAGAGUUUGGAGAGGUGUGCAGUGGACGUUUGAAGCUACCAUCUAAGAAGGAGAUCUGCGUGGCCAUCAAGACACUCAAAGCCGGAUACACAGAGAAACAGAGGCGGGACUUCCUCAGUGAAGCGAGCAUCAUGGGACAGUUUGACCACCCCAACAUUAUCAGACUGGAGGGUGUAGUCACCCGCAGUAAGCCUGUGAUGAUAGUGACCGAGUACAUGGAGAAUGGCUCCUUGGACGGCUUCCUGCGGAAACAUGACGCACAGUUUACGGUGAUUCAGCUGGUGGGCAUGCUGCGUGGCAUCGCAUCUGGUAUGAAGUAUCUAUCGGACAUGGGUUAUGUGCACAGGGACCUGGCCGCUCGGAAUAUCCUGGUCAACAGCAACCUAGUGUGUAAAGUGUCAGACUUCGGCUUGUCCAGAGUGCUGGAGGAUGACCCAGAAGCUGCCUACACGACAAGAGGUGGCAAGAUUCCAAUCAGAUGGACUGCGCCAGAGGCCAUCGCCUAUCGCAAGUUCACCUCUGCCAGUGAUGUUUGGAGUUAUGGGAUUGUGCUAUGGGAGGUCAUGUCUUAUGGAGAGAGACCUUAUUGGGAGAUGUCCAAUCAGGAUGUGAUUAAAGCAGUGGAUGAGGGCUACCGUCUUCCACCACCCAUGGAGUGUCCAGCCACCCUUUACCAGCUGAUGCUGGACUGCUGGCAGAAGGACCGAAACAAUCGGCCGAAGUUUGAGCAGAUAGUUAGCAUCCUGGACAAGCUCAUCCGCAAUCCCAGUAGCCUAAAGAUCACAGCCAGCACAGUGUCAAGACCAGUGAACCUGCUUCUGGACAGGAACAGCACUGACAUCACUUCCUUUCAUUCAAUGGGUGAUUGGCUGGAGACUGCGAGGACAUUGCCCUGUAAAGAAGCAUUCAGUGGGGUCAGCUACAGCUCAUGUGAUACACUGGCCAAAACCUCUGCAGAAAUCUGUCUGACUGAAGUAAGGCCAGCAGCCACUUGUCCUGAGUGGGAGCCAUCCAUGGGAAUUACAACACUUUAAAGCUUAUAGACUGGAUGGGACUUCAAGAAAGUUGGUGUGAUGAUCAUUGGACCUCAGAAGAAGAUUGUGAGCAGCCUAACACUUGAAACACACACAAAGAACAGUCCAGUUCCUGUGUAAAAUUUUUAAAAGACAUAUGGAGAGAGAUACUUAUAUGAGAUUGAUGCUGCUUUGGAUAUAACAGACAGGACAUUGAUUAUAAAUGAGAAGUGGAAGUGGAAACUACAAUGCUUGAAAACAUGUGCAGAGCAGAACAACCUUCCUGGAGAAUAAUCACGUCUUCCCAGCACUCCGGGCAGAAGGUGCAAAGACGAAGAGCGUGUCGCCAGCUAUGGACAUGUUGCCUUAUUGUGGAGACACAAGAGAAGGGAAUGAGAGCAGACACACCUGUCUACUCCUAUUGCAUCUCCAUGCUACAUGGAUCUUGGAGACAGCAGAAAGGUGGAAGCCUGUCUGAUCCAAAUGGAUUUAACUAAGAGCUCUUAACAUGUGGCAGGGGAGAAUUAAAAUGCCUUCAGGAAAAAAAUAACUUUGCAAAAGCAUCAGUCUUCCUAUUGGAAGGUAACACUUCGGAGAGGCAAUAGCUUGAGCCCCAGAUAUUUGCCAGUUUUGGGCCACUUGUAGAAAAGCAGCCUGCCCAUUAAUAAGAGCCCCCUUUAAUUCCCAGAUUCCUCAGAAGAAUAGCAGGAGAAUUUAUUCUGUGGAUGCAUAAUACAGCUGGCAUAAUACAGCUGGCUACUGUUAGAGCAAUCUGCUAAUACUUUUAAGGGUGUGACACAUAGAAUAUACACUACCAGUCAUACAUUUGGACACAAUUGACUGUAUAUAAGUUGGUCAUUAUCUUAAAACCUUUUGAUCUAAAGUCUUCUAUUGAAAUUUGUUAACCUAUAUAAAUUAUGUUUAAAUAUGAAUUUAUUUGCAAAAAUAAAAUUGUAAUAAAAAUGCAUACAUACAUACAUACUGUACAUACAUACAUACAUACAUGAGUUUAACUAGAUUAGAUAAUGAAGGAAAAGCAGUCAAUCAUCCCAGAUGGAUACCACGUGAAAAUGGUUGAGAGAAUGCCUAGAGUGUGCAUACCUAUAAUCUAAACAAAGUUUGGCUGCUUUAAAGAAGCUUAAAUAUAAUGGUGGGUGCCAGAAUAACCAUAAUUACGAAACUCAGACUUGUAAAAAUUCAUAGAGAUGAACUAAUGAAUGGACUGUAUGCAUGGCUCAUUGCCUGCAUAUUUCUGCUAAAAUCUCAGUGGCUAUGUGAACUAUUCUCCAGUAGCAAACUGUGGUAGUAGCAAGCUCUAUAAUAUUUCGA